ACGUGAAGGUAAUCUGUGGUAACGCUGUGAACAGAUCCUCCAGCAGCCGGAGCAGACAGCAGCUCGUGUCAGGAUGACCGUAGGAAAAAUGGAUCCGGUGGAAGUGUUUUCGGCCGGAGAAAAGGGUCGUGGCCUUCGUGCUACCAAAGACAUUUCGACAGGAGAAGUUGUGUUUUCUGAGGCCAGCUUCGCUGCUGUUGUGUUUGACAGUCUCUCUAUGCAGGUUUGUCACGCUUGUUUUCGGCGUCAGUUGAACCCUCAUCGCUGUGCCCAGUGUCAGUUUGCCCACUACUGCGACCGCACGUGCCAGCGCGCCGCCUGGGACGAGCACAAACAAGAGUGUUCUGCCAUUAGAAAGAUGGGAAAGAAACCCAAUGAAAAUGUGCGUCUGGCCGCUCGUAUCAUGUGGCGUAUGCAGAAGGACACGGGCGUCAUCUCAGACAAUCAGCUCACCACUCUGGACCUGUUGGAGGAUCAUUUGUCUGAUAUGUCUCCUGAGGACCUGAAGGAGCUCAAAGUCGACGUGCAAAGCUUUCUUCAUUACUGGCCUAAGAAAAGCAAGCCGGUGGGAGAGGAUUACGUGGCUCAUAUCUUUGGUGUGAUUAAGUGUAAUGGUUUUACACUGAACGAUCAGAGAGGUCUUCAGGCCGUUGGGGUCGGUCUCUUUCCAAACCUCUGUCUGGUAAAUCACAACUGUUGGCCAAACUGCACCGUCGUCCUGAAUCACGGCAAUCAAACAGCUCUGGAUACCGCGUUUCACUCGGACAGAAGGAUUGAACUGCGAGCUCUUGGGAACAUCUCAACAGGAGAAGAGUUGACUGUCAGUUAUGUGGAUUUUCUGAACGUGUCUAAAGAUCGUCAGCGUUUGUUGAAGCAGCAGUAUUACUUUGACUGCAGUUGUGAUCACUGCGCUCAUGGAGAUAAAGACGAUCUCAUGACGGCUGUCAAAGAAAAGGUAUCAUCUGAUGCUGUGAAGCAGGUGACAGAUUUUAGUAUCCAGACUCUGAAGAAGAUUGAAGAAGCUCAAACUGAGGGCAACUUCCGUGAGGUGGUUAAACUCUGUCAUGAGUGUUUGGAGAAGCAGGAUCCUGUGUUUGAAGACACAAAUCUUCAUGUGCUGCGUAUCCUCAGUAAAGUCAGUGAAGUUCUCAGCUUUCUCCAGCAGUUUCAGGAGGCAUCAGGAUACGCUCUCAGGAUGGUGAAGGGAUACGGUAAACUCUAUCAUCCCAACAAUGCCCAGCUGGGAAUAGCGAUCAUGAGGUCAGGAGUCACACACUGGCGUGCAGGUUUGAUAGAGGUCGGUCAUGAGCUGAUCUGUAGAGCGUUUGGUAUCCUGAUAAUCACACAUGGACCACACCAUCCAAUCACACAAGACCUGGAGACAAUGCGUGUGCAGACAGAGAUGGAGCUGCGUUUGUUCAAACAGAAUGAAGAGGUUUAUCAUAACAUGAGAGAAGCUGUGUUGAGUCAAUGACACUCGCUGGAGAUUAAACAUCAUCAUCAUCAUCAUCAUCAUGAAUCUAACAGAGACAUAACGCUUCAAUCUGCCUGAUUUGACUCUUCAUAAUAAAGGCAUUUUAACCAAA